AUGUAUAUUCAACGUAUUAUUAUCAAGGGUUUUAAGACCUAUAGAAAUGAAACAAUCAUUGACGAUCUUUCACCACAUCAGAACGUCAUCAUCGGUUCUAACGGUUCAGGUAAGUCUAAUUUAUUUAGUGCAAUUAGAUUUGUGCUGAGUAAUGACUACAGUCACUUAAGACACGAAGAAAGGCAAGGUUUGAUUCAUCAAGGUUCUGUAGGGAAUUCAAUCAUGAGUGCCUCUGUAGAGAUAGUUUUCCAUGAUCCUGAUGGAAAGAUCCCGUUGAGUUCUUUCAAUAUUGCCCCAAAGCCAAAUAAUGAGAUUCAUAUAAGAAGAACCAUCGGUUUAAAGAAAGAUGAUCAUCAGGUGAAUGACAGAAAUGUUAGCAGUACUGAAGUAUUUAGAAUUCUCGAGAGCGCAGGGUUCUCUAUCAACAAUCCUUACAAUAUUGUCCCCCAAGGAAAAAUCAUCGCUUUGACUAAUGCAAAGGAUAACGAGAGAUUGAAAUUAUUAGAAGAUGUUGUAGGUGCAAAAUCCUUCGAAAUCAAGUUAAAGGCAUCUUUAAAGAAAAUGAAUGAAACUGAUUUAAAAAUGAAGGAAAUAAAUAAAGAAAUGAUCGAAUUGAAAUCAAAAUUGAAUGAGAUGAAUACAGAAAAAAUUGAACUAGAGAAAUAUAACGAUCUAGAGAGAAAUCGUAAAGUUUUGCAAUUUACUUUAUAUGAUAGAGAAUUAAACAAUAUCCUGGAUCAACUUGAGAAAAUAGAUGACGAAUAUAAUGUCACAUUUGGUGAUUCAAAACAAUAUAUGCAAGAAUUAGAUAAACGUGAAAAAGUUGUAAGUUCUAUCACAGAUUCGCUUCUUAACAUAGAGAAUCAAUUGAGAAUAAAGAUUAGAACUGAUCAACAGCAGACUAAAGCAAUAUAUAAUGAAGUAUCCUCGAGCUUAAUAGAUUUAAGCGUCAAGAUUACAGAUUUACAAAAAAAUAAGGCCAAUUCCAGUGACCAAAAUAAAAAUGACAAUAGGUCCUUGGAAAUUACUAAUCAAGAAAUCGAUGCACGUAAUAAACGGUUAGAGCAAUUGAUGCCAAGGUUCAAAGAAUUGUCAGUAGAUGAGCAGAAGUGGAGAUUACGGUUGAAUGAAUUGCAACAAAUAAAGAGGGAAACAUUAAUGAAAAGAAGUAAUUAUUCGCAAUUUAUCUCUAAAGAGGAUAGAGACAAAUGGAUUAAUACACAGAUCGAAGAACAAUCCGCUAUCCUUGAAACAACACUUGCAUCGGCCGUUUCGACUGAAGAAGAAAAGGAGAAGCUUUCAAAUUUAAUGAAAAAUACAGAAGAGGCUAUUGAUGAUUUGUUAGAUUCCAUCAGUGGACCAUCAAUUUCAGCGACUUUGGAAGAGAUUUCAGAAGAGCAAAGUGCAUUAAAGGAACAGUAUAUCGAAAAAUUAGAUGAACGUAAGGAAUUGUGGAGGAAUGAACAGAAAUUAACCACAAUACUCGAAAAUAUCUCAACAGACUUAAAGUCGUUUCAAAAAAAUGUUAACGAGACUAUGAGUCGUGACAUGUCUAGUGGUAUCGCUAGUGUCAGAGAAAUCACAGAAAAACUGGGAUUAUCCAAUGAUGCCGUGUUUGGAACUGUUGGUGAAUUGAUCAAGGUAAGUGAGAAGUACAAAGUCUGUGCAGAAGUAGUUGGUGGUAAUUCAUUAUUUCAUAUUAUAGUUGAUACUGACGAAACUGCAUCUCUUCUAAUGGAAGAAUUAAACAGAAUGAAGGGCGGACGUGUAACAUUUAUCCCACUUAAUAGAAUUACUUUGGACAAUAGCUUUAGCUUACCUCCGAGUAAUCUAGAGGAUUCGAGAUCUGUCCCUUUUACCCCAUUGAUCAAAAAAAUUAAAUACGCCCCUAAAUUUGAAAACGCUAUUCAACAUAUAUUUGGUAGGACUGUUGUCGUCAAAGACCUUGUGAAUGGUUUGAAAUUGGCCAAAACAUAUCGUUUGAAUGCAAUUACUUUAGAUGGUGACAGGGCCGACCAGAAAGGUGUACUAACUGGUGGUUAUUAUGAUUAUAAUAGAAGAACUAGACUAGAUUCUUUGAAAAGCUUAGCUAAGACUAGGAAGACUCAUACUCAAACUUUGCUAGAAAUGGAAGAAAUUAAGAGAAAGCUAGAAGAAACUGAUUCUACAAUCGAUUCUAUAAAUGAUAAAAUGAGAAACUUGGCUAACAAAAAAGAGGGGUUGUUGACGGAUAUUGAACAGCUACGUAUUAGAUUGAAUAGUAAAAAGGGUGAACUUGCAAUUAUGCAGGAAUCAUUAGACUCCCUUAACGCAAAAAAAGAAAAGAUCACUAUGAAUAUCGCCCAUCUCGAAAAUAGAAUUCAAACUUUGCAGGCAGAUAUCAAUGCAAAUUUUGAUUCUUCAAUUUCAGAAAAGGAAAAUAAAGAAUUUGAGAGUUUAACAGCAGAAAUUAGCGAUGUCGUCAUUAGACUAGAAGUUACAACAGAAACUUUGGAAGAAUUGACAACUACGAUUGAUAAACUCAAUGCUGAAUUAGAAUCUAAAUUAAUUCCCCAAAAGGAUUAUCUCACUCAACGUAUAUCAGAAUCAUCACAUUCUGAUUCUGUGACAUUGAAAGAAGAGUUAGAUGACUUACUAGCGAAAUCAAAAGACCUGAAUAUUCGUAAAGAGGAUCUCUCUCGUAGUUUAAAUUCCAUUCAGAAAGAAAUUGAUGAUCUCAACGCUGAGAAAUCAAACAACGAGAAAAUUCUAGAAAAAGCUAACUCACAACAAAGAUUACUUUUGGCAAAAAUGGAAGACUUCCAAAAGACAGCAGAAAAAACUAUGAUUAAGAGGUCAACUUUGGUUAACCGUCGGGAAGAGCUUCAACAGAGGAUUAGGGAAGUUGGAUUAUUAUCUGAGGAUGUUCUAAAUAAAUUCAGUGAUCUCUCUAGCGAAGAUUUGUUAGGAAAAUUGACAAAUACAAACACAGAAAUAUCGAAAUUAACAAAUGUUAAUAAAAGAGCUUUAGAAAAUUACAGAAAAUUUAAUGAAAAGGAAAUCGAGUUGGAAGACCGAUCUCAUGAACUGAUGAUCUCUAAGAAUUCCAUCCAGGAUUUAAUAGAAAAGUUGAAAUCUCAGAAGACAACAGCUGUUGAUGAUACAUUUAGAAAAGUGUCGGAAAAUUUUGUCCAUGUGUUUGAAAAAUUGGUCCCAAUGGGUACUGCUAAGUUAAUUAUACAAAGAAAUGAAGGACCUAAUGAUGAUUCGUUGACACAGAGUACUAAUAUGGAGUCUACGUCAGUAUAUAGUGGUGUUUCUAUUUCUGUUUCAUUUAAUUCAAAGCAAAAUGAACAACUUCACGUGGAACAGUUAUCUGGUGGUCAAAAGACCCUGUGUGCAAUCGCUUUAAUAUUGGCUAUUCAAAUGGUUGAUCCUGCACCAUUCUACUUGUUUGACGAAAUUGAUGCUGCACUAGAUAAACAAUACAGGGCAGCCGUCGCAUCAAUUAUAAAGGAGCUAUCGAUUAACGCCCAAUUUAUAUGCACUACCUUCAGGACCGACAUGCUCCAAGUGGCUGAUAAAUUUUUCAGAGUCAAGUAUGAAAACAAAAUCUCAAAUGUUGUGGAGAUUGGAAGAGAUGACGCUAUUAAAUUUAUCAGAGGUAGCAGCAAGAAUGCAGGGAUGUAA